AUGAAUAUAUUGGCAGCUUGCAUAUUUGAUUUGAAAUUUACUUAUGUUUUACCUGGGUGGGAGGGCUCCGCUUCAAAUUCAAGAAUUUUAGAAAAUGCAAUUCAUAAUGAAGAUAAUCUAAAUAUUCCUCAAGGUAAAUUUUACCUAGCUGAUGCUGGUUAUAUGUUGAGGUCGGGGUUAAUCAUUUCAUAUCGAAGUACUCGAUAUCAUUUAAGCGAAUAUUCUCGACAUCCUCCUGAAAAUCCAAAAGAAUUGUUUAACUUAAGACAUUUUUCAUUGCGCAAUGCAAUUGAAAGAGCUUUCGGUGUCUUGAAGAAUAGAUUUCCAAUCCUGUCAGAGAUGUCUAGAUAUAAUAUAGACAAAGUCAGUGAAAUCAUCAUUUCUUGUUGUAUUUUGCAUAAUUUCUUAAUAGAUUUUGAUCCUGAUGAAGAAAUUAUUGCACAAGUUGAUAGAGAUCUAAUGAAUAAUGUACCUGAAGAUAGAGCAAGUCGUAAAAACAUUGCUAGAGGGGAAGAUGGACGAAGGGGAGAGAUUUUGAGGGAUACUAUAGCCGCAAAAAUGUGGAAUGAUUAUAUUCAUAGACAACAUUAA